AAAAAUCGUAUACUUUCGCAGAGCGUUUGCUAAAAACUUUUAAGAUCAUUUGAAGCUGAAGAUAUUUUUUGCUCCUAAAAAAAUUCCUUUUAAUAAUAAUUUAGAACACAUAUCCGGGUAUUUGAAUGGCAACAAUACGCAAACUCGACGAUCAACAGAUCGCCUAUCUGGUCGGCGAGACGAAAUUCCAAGUGAAGCCACAACCACCAGAGUUGCAACAGCACAGUGCGGAUAGCAAUGAGCAUGUAUUAGAGGAAUUUUUCAAUGCGCCACGCAAAGCCGGGAGGACUAUUACACGCAACGACUUAGAGAUCUUCAAAAGCAUUAAGAGCGUACGUGUGCUACUAGAAGCAUUGACACUGAAACCAGAGGGUAGCAAACGCAUUGAGUUGCUGCAACAGAACAACGCAUUUCCCAUAUUCACCAUUGAAUGUCAACUAUCCAAGGAGUUAGUGCAGUAUUUGCCCCGUAAUGAAAUCUUCAACAUCAUACAAUUCGAAUCGGACCAAUUCCACUGUCAAACUCAGUGUACGCGUUUCGGGCGAGAAGCGCAACGUAAUAUCAAUUUGAAGCCAUUAAUCGAGGACUUGGAUGAAAAUGCAAGUGGCGGUGAGAGUUCACUCAAUUUGGGGCGUCUGCAUUUUGCAGUGAGAUGGCGUGAGCCGGGUACUUGUUUGAACGAGCUGCUUGGCUUUGGCGUGUUAGAGUUGCGGGAUCUCUUGAAAGACGCUCUGCUGGAGCAAUGUAAAUGCGUGACAAUUCAUCGACGUGGUGUGCCGCUCGCUACAGUUUAUGUUAAAGUAAAUCUUAGUUUGGAGGGCACAACAGUGACGACACCUACCAACACGGGCGCCUCUACAGCGAAAUGCUUGCGUUGCUCUUAAAGGGUAGCAACGCCCUUUCAUUUCGACGAUUUGGGGGGAAUUUGUGAUGAAUAUGUUAGCUUUAAAAAAUAAAAAUUUUAAUGAAAAAUAA